AUGAAUAACUCAAUUACAUACACUCUAUUAGUUGAACAACCAAAGCUUGGCCCAAAGUCCUAUAGACAAAAGGGCAAAAUAUCCAUCAGAAAACUAAAUCCCUUUGCUUGUUUAUAUGUCAACGAUACUGAUUUGAGUGCCAAUAUCUCUUCUACUAUCAAUGAAAACUACAUUGUUCUUGUCCAAUUGAAAAGUGAUUCUAAUACUUCUAACAAUAUCCGGGACUGCGAAUUAAAAGGUAACAAAUCUUCCACUGGCAGGUAUGACGAAGAUAAAAAUGCAAUUUUAUUUGAAUUCCCUGAUUUACAUUUUACCAAAAUCGGAAAUUACAAAAUCGAAUAUCAACUAUAUAAAUUAGUCGACGUCAAAAUUGAAAACUCAAACAUCUUGUCCAAAAAUUGGAUCUUCAUUGAAAGCCAAGUUAAAGAUAUUAAAAUUGUUACAACUAGAACUCUUUAUGGUAAACCUGAUCUCAGCUUGAACGCUGGAAAAAUCUCAAAAGUCGCUUAUAAACAAAUCCAGCCCACAAAAUCAACUGAUUUAAAUCAAAUCUUUGAUGAUUCAGUCGAAAACUUUUUCAACGAUGUUAAAAGCUCCUCCCAAAAAAAUAUAGCCCAAGAUUUGUUAAUCUCCAAUUCAAAUGACUCUUUUAAAAAUAAUCCCAAUUCCAAUUCCAAUCCUGCUUCAAACUCAUACAAAAAUGAAGUAAAUGAUAUUCAAGAACCAACGCCUAACCACCCAUCCCUACCAUUUGCUUACAACAACUACAACUUUCUUCUCAACGGAAGCUCUACCUUGAACUCUUCAACUUCUGCUGCCUUUAAUGACUCUGCUUCUGCCUCUCUUCAUCUUGCUGCUUCUGCUCCUACCAACUCCAACACAUCAACUGCACCUUUAGUUAGAGCCAACAAAUUAAAUGGUUCUAUUCUUACAUGCCCUCAAACUGCCAGCUCUUUUAAACCAUUAGAUGAGUCUUAUUUUGCUCCCCAUUUCAACCUCCUUCAAGAGUCAAGAUCAAUUACACCUUCUUCGGCUUCAUCUUCUCUAUAUUCCUCCCCAAUGACUUAUGAUUCAUCAUCCCCGAAUCUUGCUAAUGGAAUUCAGUUUCCAAAUAUACUUGAUCAAAAUAAUACCACUACUACCACCAACAACAAUAUCAAUAUCAACAAUAGCAAUAGCAAUAUUAAUAACAAUAGCCUCCUCAAUUUUGAUACUGGUUUUAGGGUAAUGAAUGAACCUGAAGCCCAAUUCAAAAAUGAUCAAUAUUCUAAUUACAACUAUAUGGACUUCAAUUUAUAUGGCCUUAUAAACUGA